GUUCUAACACUCCUCCGUCUGUGUCUGCAGGAGGAAGUGGACAGUUUGAGUCCUGUUCUCAGGGACAACCCCCAGCUUCAUGAAGAGGUCCGGUUCUGGCUCAAAGAUCAAAAGGUUCAGGACAUUUUUUUGCAAGGUCCGUAUUCAUUAAAUGGUUACCGAGUUCGUGUUUACAGACAAGACUCGGCCACUCAGUGGUUCACAGGGAUCAUCACACAUCAUGACCUCUUCAGCCGCAAUAUGGUUGUGAUGAAUGACCAGGUUCUAGAGCCCCAGAACGUUGACCCCUCUAUGAUCCAGAUGACCUUUCUGGACGAUGUGGUCCACUCUCUGCUGAAAGGAGAGAACAUCGGUAUCCAGUCCCGACGCAGGUCCCGUUCCAACCAGAACAACUCUGCCCACGGUCACUACACCCGCGCCCAAGCCAACAGCCCCAGACCAGUCAUGAACUCCUCUGGCGGGGCGGUGAAGCAGGGGUCAGGGGUCACCACCCAGCAGGGUCAAGGUCAGGGCGGGUCCCAGAGCCAGCAGUCCCCAGCGCAGCACUCCCCUUGCCAGGAACAGACGCAGCACCGCGGACCUGGCUUCUCCAGGAGGAAGGGAUCUGACAGCAGUGUCCCUGAUGAUGACUUCAGGGGAGACAACGUGGACUGUAACGAGAGAGCAGGGAGAGGAGACUUCUUUAAAAGUACGAGCAGCAAGCAGGUGGCUGUGAACAAGCGGAGGAAAGCGGAGGAGGAAGAGGAGGAAGAGAUGAAAUCAGGUUUGAAAAGACUGAGAAGCGAGACUACAGUGAGGUCUGACUUCUCUGAGAGCAGUGACUCUGAGAUGUCUACCAAGAGAACCAGGACGGCAGACUCCUCCUCUUCCUCAGAGCAGAACUCAGAGGAGGAGCUAAAAGGAAGGACCGGCCAGGUGGGGCACAAGACCCAGGGUUCUAAGACGGGGGAGGAGUCUGCUCUGACAGGCAGUCUCUCCCCCUGGGGUGAGGAGCUUCAGAAGGCGGAGUUUCAGCAGUCAUUAGCCGACAGGGAGCAGAGGCCAUCCCUGCGACAACCUCAACGACAGGGGGAACGGUCUCCACUGCAACUGCAGCAGGCCCCUCCCCUGUCCUCCUCCUCCCAGGGCUCUGCCCCCUCUGAGGGCCAAGGGGAGUGCAUCAUGGAGAACAACAGCACUAUGAAAUCUCAGACCCAUCCCCAGUCCAAGGACCAGUACACCAGCGCUGAGGUGGUCUCCAGGACCCAGACUCCCUCUCAGUAUAUAAUCGACAUCACAGCAGAGGACGCUAACGCACACAUGGCCUCCCGGGAGAACUCUGAGGCCGUCUCGGCCCUGCUGGCCUCCCAGAAUCCAUCUGAGCCAUCCUACCUCUCUGAGCCCAGCAGACAUUUGGUGCUGAACCCCUCUGUUGCCCCUCCCUCUCCCCUUCGUGAGAGCCCCUCGGAGUGUGACCUUAGGAACCAGACUCCCUCACCGGAGGUAAAGCAUGACAUAGCUGGCAGCCUGGGCAGUAAGAUGGGGUUAGUCCAUUCAGUGGUGAUCAGACCUAUAGCAUCAGUCAGUGAGUCUGCUGCUGUAGUAGAGAGAGAGAAGCAGCUAUAUUCCUCCAUGCUGCCCUGCAUUAAGAACGCCUCAUUGGCCGACGAGGCCAGGAAGUCGUACAAGCUAAGCCCCUCCCCUGAUGUCCCCAAGCCCCUCCCCUCCCCAGAGGCCCUGAAGCCAAAGCCCCUCUGCUCCCCUGACAUCGUCAAGUCUAAAACACAGAGUGUUCUGGAGACUUGUUCUAAACCCAAACCCCUCCCCUCCCCAGAGGUGUCCAAGCAUAAAGGCCGUUACCCGGACAACACCCCUCGCUCCAGCUUUAAGCCCGUCCUGGCCCGAGGGACUGAGUCGCCAGGAUCUUGCACUAAGAGCCCGCUAAUCAUCGAUAAGAACGAGCAUUUCACCGUGUACCGGGACCCUGCGCUUGUCCGUCCCAACCAGGAGACCAACCACGUGUCCUAUCUGCACCCCCAGCUCCACCCCCUCCACGCCUCCUCCCACGCCUCCUGCCUCACCCCCUCUUCCACCCACCACCACACAUCCCACUCCCACCACCACCUCCUCUCCGGGGUGCUCUCUGGCCUGCCUCCAGGCCCCUUGCUGGGGGGUCAUCCCCGACUAGACUCCUCAGGGCUGGGGCACCUGGGACUAGCUCAUCACCACCCUGUCUCUCAGCCCCAGACACACAGCCACACCUCAGCCUCAUACAACCAGCUGGGGCUGUAUCCAAUCAUCUGGCAGUACCCCAAUGAGACCCACUCCUAUCCCCCCAGACUCAACCUGCCUGGGUCCAAGUGGGUGCACCCUGAAAACCCUGUCAGCUCUGAGACCAACAUGAGGAGGAACACGGCCAGCCCUUGGCUACACCACCAGGUCCCUGUCUCCUCCUCUGACAGCCUGGACCAACUGAGCCACGUCCCGGUCCCCAUCCGACCAGCCAGCGCCGACCCUCACCGGUCCGACCCUCAUCCCCACCGUUCAGAACCACACCGCUCGGACCCCCACCGGCUCAUCAAGAUCAACCCCCACGCCAGCCCCCCUCUGCCACCGGCCAAGACCGCUGGAGAUCUUCACAGGGAGGAUUUGAAGGGUUUUGUGGACCCCAUCAGAACCAUCACUCUGGCCCACCUGAAGCAGGAGCAGGACCGCAGCAGAACCCCGACCGGGAAGGACAGUCACCUGCACCAGCUCUACCUGGAGGCCUGUGAUAAACAACAGCAGCAGCAACAGGAAGCAGGGCAGAGGGACCGGGCCAGUCAGUAUAAGGAGGAGAACAGACGGAUCCUCCAGGAGAGCAUUGAGGUGGCCCCCUUCACCGCUAAGAUCCGCUCCAGUGAGACCGACAGGGAGCUUAACCCCUACCCCCGGAUCCCCUCGCUCCCCUCCCUGCCCCACCCCUACCCCCGGAUCCCCUCGCUCCCCUCCCUGCCCCACCCCCAGCGCCUCCACCAGGAGAAGGAAACGGAGCCCCCUGCUGCAGACCUGUAUCAGUUUCAACAGCAGUCCCAGCACAGUCUCCCCCCCAGUAACUACUUCACUACCCUGUCCAACAGUGUGGUCAACGAGCCACCGCGUCUCUACCCCUCUAAAGAGCUCAACUCGUACUUUGACAAGGUGAGCAGGGAGCAGGAGUCUGCAGCAGCCUCUAGUCUCUCUCUGGGAGGAGGGGCAGCGUUCAGCACCAAGUCCCUGUCCAAACCCCCUCCUCUCAUCAAACACCAGGCUGAUGGGGAGGGUCUGCUAGGGAAGAUAUCAGAGCAGCUGAACCAACAGGUAAACUUAUCCAACGCACAGAGGUAUCGUCUCAGUACCAUAGUCAGCCCUGUUAGUCCAGACCUCUCGCCUUCCUCCAGUCAGAGCCAGAGUCAGACCCGAACCCACUGUCAGACCCAGAGUCAGAGCCAGAGCCAGACCCGAACCCACUGUCAGACCCAGAGUCAGACCCAGAGCCAGACCCGAACCCACUGUCAGACCCAGAGCCAGACCCGAACCCACUGUCAGACCCAGAGCCAGAGUCAGACCCAGAGCCAGACCCGAACCCACUGUCAGACCCAGAGUCAGACCCGAACCCACUGUCAGACCCAGAGCCAGACCCAAACCCACUGUCAGACCCAAGCCCAACUAAGGUGUAUGCCAGCUCUGCACCGUGCCCCUGUGUUCCACCCUCCUAUCCAGCAGACACUGGACAGGAAGGAGGCGGGCUACGGCCGUUUGUCUCCACCCACCCUGACCCCCAUCCAGCCAGUCAGCUCGGCCGGUAAGGUGUCUGAGCAGCAGAAACCGCCCACCCUUCUGCCCGAGCUACGGGAGGUCAGCGCCGUGUGUAAGGGCGGGGCAGCGAUGACCUCAUCCGAGGUGUGGCGAGCCGGCGACUCUCAGAGCCACGACAAGCUGGGAUGGCAUUCUGAGAGGAGCCCCGGCAGGAAGCCUGGGGCCACCACGGCGUCUGUUAUCGUCCGUCCCUCUACGCGUAUAAAGUACGACGGCUCGCCAGGCGCCAAGUCCUCUUCCUCGGCCAAGGACUCUCCGACGGGGAGGAUGUUCCCAGGCGGCAGGCCUCAGACAGUCUGUCUGAAACUGGCCUAUGAGAGAGACGGGGAGUCUAGAGGGAAGGUGAUCCUGCCAAACACUAGCUUGGAGGAGGCUGUGCAGCAGUACAAUAACAACUUUAUGAGAGUGUCCCAGUCUCCGGGAAACUUCCCGGUCUCUGUCUCGGCUGCUGCCAACUCUGUGUGCAAUAGGAGUAGUGAUGUGACUAGGGCAGUCUCCAACAUGGCUCCCUACGGUGUGCUGAGUAGAACCUACUGUGGGCCCAACACCUCCAGCGCUAGCAGGACAGAGAGCUGUGGCCCUCGGGGCAGGGCCUUCCACUCAGGGCCUGGGUUAGAACCAAGGGUCGAGCUCCAGCAACAGGAGGGGAGCUCCUCCAGAACCUCAUCCCCCAACCUGCACCCCGGCCCCAGCCUGGCCAGCAGCACCCAGGCCUCUCCCAACCCCAGCCAGUCCUACUAUGGGAGCUUUAUCCAUCUGAAGAAGCACAAGGCAGCGUUGGCAGCAGCCCAGCAGUCCAGAGGUCCUAGCAGCAGCACCAGUGGUAGUGGUCCUGAGAGCCUGAUUGAGCCAUCUAACAGUAAAGCUCUUCACAUCUCCCCUCCACCUCCCCUUGCCUCGGCCUCAGCCCUGAACCACAGAACCACAGCAAGCCCAGGAUCACAUCAAGCAGGAGCUAGCCCCAGUCCUGGCCCCCUCCCCAAUGGCCAGAUGCACCAGAGCCAGUCUCAACCAAACUACCACAAGCUGAAGAAGGCCUGGCUCACCAGACACUCAGAGGAGGACAGAAACAUAAACACUAUGAUGAAAACAGAGGAGGCUGAUAAGGCUGUUACCACCACUGUGAGCCCCUCUGUGUCGAAGGCUGUUACCACCACUGUGAGCCCCUCUGUGUCCAAGUCUGUUACCACCACUGUGAGCCCCUCUGUGUCCAAGUCUGUUACCACCACUGUGAGCCCCUCUGUGUCCAAGUCUGUUACCACCACUGUGAGCCCCUCUGUGUCCAAGGCUGUUACCACCACUGUGAGCCCCUCUGUGUCCACGUCUGUUACCACCACUGUGAGCCCCUCUGUGUCGAAGGCUGUUACCACCACUGUGAGCCCCUCUGUGUCCAAGUCUGUUACCACCACUGUGAGCCCCUCUGUGUCCAAGUCUGUUACCACCACUGUGAGCCCCUCUGUGUCCAAGGCUGUUACCACCACUGUGAGCCCCUCUGUGUCCAAGUCUGUUACCACCACUGUGAGCCCCUCUGUGUCCAAGGCUGUUACCACCACUGUGAGCCCCUCUGUGUCGAAGGCUGUUACCACCACUGUGAGCCCCUCUGUGUCCAAGUCUGUUACCACCACUGUGAGCCCCUCUGUGUCGAAGGCUGUUACCACCACUGUGAGCCCCUCUGUGUCCAAGUCUGUUACCACCACUGUGAGCCCCUCUGUGUCGAAGGCUGUUACCACCACUGUGAGCCCCUCUGUGUCGAAGGCUGUUACCACCACUGUGAGCCCCUCUGUGUCGAAGGCUGUUACCACCACUGUGAGCCCCUCUGUGUCCAAGGCUGUUACCACCACUGUGAGCCCCUCUGUGUCGAAGGCUGUUACCACCACUGUGAGCCCCUCUGUGUCGAAGGCUGUUACCACCACUGUGAGCCCCUCUGUGUCGAAGGCUGUUACCACCACUGUGAGCCCCUCUGUGUCCAAGGCUGUUACCACCACUGUGAGCCCCUCUGUGUCCAAGGCUGUUACCACCACUGUGAGCCCCUCUGUGUCUGAGAUGAUGAUGAUGAAGCCUUGCACUGUCACUCUGAUUGCCUCUACCUCCAGUGAUGUGGAGAUGAAGAUAGAAGAGGUCAAAGGUCAGGAGGACAAGAUGGCCGCCGAGGACAGGAUUACGCGGCGUGGGAGCAAGAGGGUGUACGACCACGACUCGGCCUCAGAGAGCGGAGAGGACUCCAGCGAGAGCAGCAAGCAGGAGCAGAGGGCGAAGAGGCAGCCCAAACCCACCUACAAGAAGAAACAGAACGACAUGCGCAGGAAGAGAGGAGACGAAGAGAAAGAUGAGGAUGAGCUGAAACACAACGGGAUCUUUAGGAGCGCCAGGGAGAAGACCAAGCUGAAACUGUCCAGCAACAAUGGUAUCCCCCGCUCUGUGCUGAAGGACUGGAGGAAGGUGAAGAAGCUGAAGCAGACGGGGGAGUCGUUCCUGCAGGAUGACUCGUGCUCUGAGAUUGGACCCAACCUGCAGAAGUGUCGGGAGUGUCGUGUUGUUCGUAGCAAGAAGGGGGAGGAGCCGGCUCAUUCCCCUGUCUUCUGCCGCUUCUACUACUUCCGCCGCCUGUCCUACAGUAAGAAUGGAGUGAUCCGUGUGGACGGCUUCUCCACUCCAGAUCAGUUUGAUGAGGAGGCUCUGUCCCUCUGGGCUCCUGAUGUAUACGAGGAGAAUGAGUUGGACCCAGACUCCUCCAAGUACAUCCUCUCAUAUAUAGGAGACCAGUUCUGUCAGAUGGUCACCACUGAGAACACUGCUGCUACAUGGAUCAAAAAAGAUGCCAAGAUGGCCUGGAAGAGGGCUGUGAGAGGGGUCCGGGAGAUGUGUGAUUGAAAGACGUGUGAAGCCACCUUGUUUAAUAUUCACUGGGUCUGCCACAAAUGUGGCUUGUUUUGUCUGGACUGUUACAAGGCAAAGGAGAGGAAGACCUCCAAAGACAAAGAGCUGUACGCCUGGCUGAAGUGUGUCAAGGGACAGCAGCACGGUCACAAGUACUUGAUGCCAACACAGAUUAUCCCAGGAACUGUUCUGACAGAGGUGGUGAGCGCCAUGCAUCUGUUCAGGGAGAAGUACAGCAUCAGGUCUCCCUGUGUCUGUACUGGGAAACACAACCCUCUACUCAGCAAGCUGCCUGCUACCAACGGAGUCUCUCAGGUUCUCCAGAACGUGUUAAACCACAGCAACAAGAUCUGUCUAUGUAACGUGAAGACCGAGCAGCUGAACCCCAUCCAGGGUAAAGCUGAGACUAACGGAGGCUCCAGCCCUGCCUCGGACCCCUCCUCUGACUCCAAACUGACUCCUCCGGAGUCCCAGAGCCCUCUCCACUUCCUGGCUGACCUGACGGAACAGAAGUCACGGGAAGACAAGAAAGAGAACAAGGAGUCUCCUCUGGGUAAGGUGGGCAAGGAGGAGAAGGUCAGUAGCCUGGAGUCUCUCCACUGUAAAGCCUCUAGCCUGGUGUCUAACAUCACAGAACAGGGCUCUACUCUAAGAGACCUCCUGACGACCACCGCUGGUAAACUACGUCUGGGCUCGACUGAUGCUGGCAUGGCCUUCGCUCCUGUAUACUCCCCCGCAGCACCGAUGGGGAAGGGCGGCCGUAGCAUGCCCAACAUCCUGGAUGACAUCAUCGCGUCCGUGGUGGAGAACAAAAUCCCUGCCAGCCGAGGAGCCAAGCUGAGUCUGAAGCUGGAGGCCACCACCACAGAGGACAGGGAGGUGAAGACAGAGAGGAUCGAGAGGAAGAAGCAGCCUGGGACUGGGACAGGUCCUAAGCCUGGGACUGGGACAGGUCCUAACCCUGGGACUGGGACAGGUCCUAACCCUGGGACUGGGACAGGUCCUAAGCCUGGGACUGGGACAGGUCCUAACCCCGGGACUGGGACAGGUCCUAACCCCGGGACUGGGACAGGUCCUAACCCCGGGACUGGGACAGGUCCUAACCCCGGGACUGGGACAGGUCCUAAGCCUGGGACGGGGACAGGUCCUAAGCCUGGGACUGGGACAGGUCCUAACCCUGGGACUGGGACAGGUCCUAACCCUGGGACUGGGACAGGUCCUAACCCUGGGACGGGGACAGAAGAGCUUCCUGAACCCAAGCCUCAGCUAGAGAAGGCCCUGCAGCUCCAUGCUGACAUUCCCCACUGCUGGUUGUAUGAUCGCAGACUGCUCUGGCUGAAAGACCAUCGACACCCUGGCAACUGGAAGCUGUUCAGAGAGUGUUGGAGACAGGGACAGCCUGUCCUGGUGACUGGGCUCCAUAAGCCUCUGAAUGCAGCUCUGUGGAAGGCGGACAGCUUCAACCUGGAGUUUGCUGACCAUCAGGGAGACCUGCUGAACUGUAAAGAUGGACUUGUCUCGAACUCUGGAAUCAACGAGUUCUGGGACGGCUUCGAGGACCUCACCAAGAGACCCAAGUCUAAAGACGGAGACACCGUGGUGUACAGGCUGAAGGACUGGCCAUCAGGAGAGGAGUUCAUGGCCCUGAUGCCUUCCAGGUAGGCCUAGGCCACAUCAUAGCCAAGCACACAGUCAGUC